AAGAAGACGAAGAAGAAGAAGAAGCGGUUUACCACUGUGUGCUGUUGAGAGCGAUCAGUGAACACAGCAGUGAGAAGAAUCAACCUUGGAAAGAAACGAUCGACGCCAUUUCAAAGCCAGGGACAAAAGCAAAUUGAAAGUAUUUUAAUUUUUUUUGUAUGCUUCCUUCCCGUAGUCGAAGCUUCUUGAAAACUACCAUUUUAAAUCAAAAAUAACUUCAUUUUUCUGGAGAAAUAAAGACUGAAGCUAAAAUACAGAUGCUAAUGCUGUUCUGGAAAUGUUUGGCAUAUUGAUGUAGAAGCUGAAUCUGAUGCCAAUACAUUCAUUUCCGGGACAGGAUAAGAUAAGAAGGUGAUAUGGAGGACGAAGUUUGCUUGGAUUCGCCUUUACAGAACUCAGUGUAAUAAUGUGUUUAUACACUGAGUGAAUAGAGAAACCUGAGGUCUGUCAUAUCAGCCAGACCUGAAGGAGAGAAACAAACUGCUUCUAGAAAUGAGCGAUUCGGGGAAUCCAGCCGGCGUCCCGAGCUGCUCCGGCUUUAGAAGCGGGCCAGAGCGGACUGGAGGCGCCGAGCAGAGCCGAGUCUGGGGCCUGAGUUCAACUGGUCAGCGGGGCAGAUUGUCAUCGCUCAGAACCAGGGACCUGACGCUAGGGGGCGCCUUCAGGAAGACAAAGAAGACAUGGGAGCCUAACGUCCACGCUGUGAGAAAACCGAAAGAUGAGCUACAAACAGAAAACCCAGCGGCUCCCAAAAAGGAAAAAAGAGAGAGGGAUGCGAAGAGAAAAGAGAGCAGAGGUGGGAGGAAAGCGAGACCUCAGGUCAUCCAGUCCCACUCCAUCUUUGAGCAAUGUCCUGGCGUCUCAAAUUACAGAACAGGCCGGCAUGGUGCCAGAGGCCUGCAGAGCUCCUCCACAUCUCCUGUUUGCAGACCCGUGAAAAAAGAAGGGAGGAAUUCGAUGGAGGAUGAAGAUCAUCUUCUCAGUAAACUACAGCGAGACGACUUCAUAGUUGAUCCAGAGUUGAGGAAUGACGCCCACCUGAACCCCAUCGCCCUGCCUCUUUAUCAGUCCAGCAGCGUCUCCAGGCGCCCCAGGUCAUCCACCGCGACACGUCAAGUCGACCUCCCGGUCUUAACAGCGCCACACUGUGGUGCCGAUGGAAAAGCAGGCCUCUUGACUGACUGGCAGAAAUCGGAGCAGUUGUCUCUGGUGAAGAUGCUGCAGGAGCUCAGUGUUUCAGGAGGAGAAGAGCUGUUCUUCAUGCAGUUUCCAGACUGUCUUCCUGGCAGACACUCUGCACCUAAAGCAGGCCUUCAUCAUGGAGGGUCGACAGGGAAACCUUCAAAAACAGACGCAAAGUCAGCACAGCAAGAAUCCGGCAACAUGGACGGCUCCCUUGUCCUCUCAGAAUUCCCUGAGGGAUUUUUGGGGAAACUGCAAAUCAGGAAGUCAGGAAAGGUGGAGCUAAAGCUGGGUGACGUCAUCCUGGAUGUGUCAGAAGGAGCUGCAUUUUCCUUCCUGCAGCAACUGGUGUCGGUCCGUCUGUCCGGUGGGAGAACUGGGAACAUGACGGUGCUGGGAAACGUCCGUCACAAGCUGGUUUUGUCUCCUGACUUCCAGUCCUUGUUGAGGCAGGCGGAUGCAGAGCAGCCAUGAGGCUCACGUCUGCAGACUGUGAACUUCUGGACUAUUGGACUAAAAUGACAGUUCAGGAUUUGUUACUGAAAAAGCAUUGUUUUCAUAAAGAUGACUUAUUUUUCUACUUUCACUGUGAGAAAUCUGUAAACGUAUUUAAUCUAAAAAAAAUGUUGUUUUUGAGACUAAUAAAUGAGAUUCAUUCUGA